CAUACAAAUAUUUCUUAUUAUGGACUACUCCAAGAAAGCUACCAUUCAGGAUAUUCGAAAGAAUAGCAAUACUCUCCCAAUAUGGGGAAACGACAAAUCAAUGAAUUUAAAUCAUCUUAUUCUCGCCAAUAUUCAAGGAUCCAGUUACUUCAAAGUUAAUUUAGCUGAAAUGAAAACAUUUUUUGAAGUCGUGGAUGAAAUAUAUUAUCAUGUUACUCAUUUAGAACCUUGGGAAAAAGGAAGUAGAAAAACAGCUGGACAGACUGGAAUGUGUGGAGGAGUUAGGGGAGUUGGGGCUGGUGGAGUCGUUUCCUCAUGUUUUUGUAUUUUAUUUAAACUAUUUACAUUAAAACUUACCAGGAGACAACUUUGUACCUUAAUAAAUCACAAAGAUUCUCCUCAUAUUCGUGGUAUUGGGUUUAUGUUCAUACGUUAUUGUCAACCCCCAAUAGAUCUUUGGGAUUGGUAUGAACCUUAUUUAGAUGAUCCUGAAGAAAUUGAUGUAAAAGCUGGAGGAGGAUGUAUUAUGACUAUUGGAGAAGUUAUAAAAAGUUAUUUGACUAAGCUUGAAUGGUUUGCAACUUUAUUUCCAAGGAUACCUGUGCCUGUACAACAUACAAUUAUGGAAAAACUCAGUCAUCAUAAACCUUCAUCUACACAUUUAUCUCCUCUACAAAAUGCACUAAAUGACUAUAAUAAUGAUAAUUAUAAUAUAGAACAGAGCAGAGAAAUGAAAGACAGAGAAAAUUCACAUUACAGUAGACAAAGAGAGAGAGAUCAUAGCAAUGAUUAUUGUGACCAGGAUAGAGAAAGAGAUAGAGUUAGGUCAAGAUCCAGGGGUAGAGACAGAAGCAAAAAUCGAAAUCACAGAGAGGUAUCUCUUAACAAAGAUAGAGAGCAGAGUCAAUCAUCACGAAGUCACAAACGGAGCCACAAACGUUCCAAAUCCCGAUUGACUGAGGACAGGCACACAAAGCACCAAAAGGAGAACAAAGAGAGUUCUCGAAAAGCAGAAUCUUUUUCUGUGACCAGCAAGGCAGUUCGUUUAGAUGGAGCAGAUCGAAAAAUGCCGGAACUCGAGGAGAGAGAUUCAGACAGGGAGAUGAGCCCACUCUCUGCUCUUAAGUUUUUGUUGGCUACCAAGGCAGCUCAGACCAGCUGCCUGGGUAGGGCCAUUGCUCCUAUAAAAAACGAACACAUUCGUCCGACAUACAACUCCAACGACUUGAAUACCGUAACCACCUUCAUCCCUAAACCCAUAUCAUCUACUGACACAACCAAGAAAAAACCAAAGAAGAAAAAGGAUAAAAAAACCAAAAAAGAGAAGGAGCCAGAUAAUAAAUUAGAAGCUGAAGAAAGCAUUGUCAAGAAAAAGAAGGAGAAAAAACACAAGAAAAACAAGGCUACCAAACACAAAAAGGAUAAGGAAAUGGAAAAUAAGACCAACCUCAAAGAGGCCAAUUUGGAUUCCACUAGCCAUGAAGAGAUAAAUUUCCGUCUUAGACCUGUCACCUCCUCUUCAAUCGCGAAUCAGCAAAUCGAUGACAUAACGGUACAGGAUGUCUCGGCCGUGAAAGGAAUUGAAGCUACCUCAACCAUUGAAGAUCACAAUAUAAGUCUCAAGCUUAAUAUCACGUUAGAAUUGAAAAGCCAGAUAAACGACUUUAAUCAAUCGACGGAAGAAACGAAAAUUAUGAAUAUAUUGCUCCAUUCGCCUCAUUGAUUUAUCAGAUGUGAUAUUUGUUAAAUAUGUUGAAAAUAAUGUUUUAAAAACUUGUUAC